CCUUGUUGGUAGUUGGUAGCACUCACUUCGCAUUCACCCUUUUUUAUCACUUGAAGAAUGAAGAAGUGAAGAAAAGCUAGACUAGUCUACUAUGGUCUGCUCCAGCCCUUUUUUUGAUGAGUCCGCCUCACAAAAUUCAUCUGCAGAAGAAAAAGUGAGAUAUCAAUCAUGGUGUUUGAACAAUCAAGAUCAUCCCUUCAAAUUGAUGGCGAUGAUUGGCUUACCUCCAUGUUCGAGGACGACGAAGGCGAUCAGCAUCAUGCUGAAGACGAGGAUGUUCCAAUUCGAAUGAUCACCAUCGUAAGAGUGUCGAAGGAAACGCAGAGACCAAUCGAUAGCAAGGCAACAAAUUGGCUUGAAUCGAGCAGCUCUAUCAACAAUCACGGCUCGAACGACAAGUCUCUCUCUUCACUAGACGGAGAGCGAAGGGACCAUGUGAUGAGAUGGAUGAAAGAACAGAAUGGAUCCUCUCAGAGACUCCGGAGUUUGCCACGGAGCAGGACUUUGAAAUGUUCCUGCGGAAGCUUCAAGACAGAUAGCACCACUACGUUUCUCGUGGACAGCUGCCGAAGCCUGCAAACCAACUAAGAAGGUCACAAUGUGGGAAGGAAAACAUGUACAUACUGUUAGACUGAAGAGAUUGUAGAAGCUGCGUAACUCUACGUAAGACCCAGAAUACUUUUGACAUCGAAUUAGUGAAUGAAUCAACACUCUACCCGUGCCGGUAGCUACUAGAGGGGUUUUAUAGUUCCAUCUUGCA